UAUACACACACAAAAACACACAAACUCUCCAAGCCAAACCCACCUCCCUCUCUUUCACAUUCAUGUCAACCAUGGCUUCUUCCUUCUCAAACUGCAUUUCUCUUCUUCUUCUCACAUCUAUUUUCAUGUCUCUGCAAAUUCAUGCCAGAGACAGUCAGUUCUUCAGCAAAGUCACCCAUGUCACCAUCCCCACCACCACCAACAAAGGUGUUAAGGAGACAGAGCUUCCCAAAAAGGAAGAGCCUGUAAACAAACCAGAGCAGAGCUUCUUCAUGCCUGAGACUGAAAGCAGCUAUGGCCUGUAUGGCCAUGAGUCUGGUCAAUUUGCCCCAACAACCACCACCACCACCACAACCUACAAACCAUACAAGACAGAGUUCGAGCAGCACACGGACAAAUACCCUAACAAGUACUACUACAACAACGAUGCCUAUAAUACCAACCAAAAGGAAUUCACCAACACUAAGCUCACAGGAACUGGUUACAGCAACAACAACUACUACAACUACAAGACCGAUGCCUACGGAGGAAACCAAAAUGAGUUCAGCUCUAUGGAGAAUCAGAACAAUCAGAAAUAUUACUACAACAAUGCAGCUAAUGAUAGGUACUUUGACAACAACAACAAUGCUGUCAAUGACAAAUACUUCCACAACAACUAUGCUGCAAAGAACAAUUACUACUCCAACAAUAAUGCUGCAAAUAACAGGUACAAUAGUGAGAAGCAAGGGAUGAGUGACACAAGGUUUAUGGAGGGUGGGAAAUACUUCUAUGAUAUUAACGCUGAGAAGUAUGACCCAGCCCUCUAUGGAGAUUCAUCCCGAGGAGUGAACGCUAGGAGCUGGGAGAACAACAGGGGUUAUUUUGGCAAAAACAAUGCAAAAUCCUAUGAGAACACCAACUCAUUUGAAGGAUACCAGAACCAGGAAGAGUUUGAAAAUGAACCAGAAGACUUUGAGCCAUGAGCAUGUUUUCAGAGUGAAGAAUUCACUUUGCCUGUGGGUGUGGGUGUCUUUCUGAUGUUUUCCCAUGCUUUAGAUUAAAAGAUUUACAAAAAUGUUGAGGAAUAUGUUUAUUUAUGGUGGGUUCUUACUUAGCAGUAAUACUAUUAGAUCUUGUUUCUGGACUUGCGUAGUUUGUGUCAUGAUCUGGAAAUUUGCAUAAUACGAGUUAUUUCUGCUUAAAUCUAUCAGUAAGUUGUAUAACUGAGAUAAGCUUGCGUCUCUUUCUCUUGUAUCUUAAAUUAUUAUGUUCUGGGUUAUUUUACUCUUUCAAAGUAUCUCACUAUUAAAGGAGAUAGAGAGAAAGGAAGAAGAAGCAGAGGCGGACAAAAAUCACGAGUUUGUUGUAAAAUUUCUCAAUUUUGUUCACAAUUGUCCUUCCUUGUGCCUACC